AUGAAGUUCAUAAAAAAGAUUAUGUUUUUGUUUCUAAUCUUGUUUAGUCUAGUAAUUACACAUUCUACGUCACAAUCAACACCCAUCACAAACACCACCUCAAGUGAUCUUGCCACGAUCACAAAAGCCUCUAAUGUAAGUAAACCAGGCUGCCAAAGCCGAUGUGGAAAUGUAAUCAUUCCAUAUCCAUUUGGUAUUGGUCCGGGCUGCUUUCAUAGCAACUGGUUUGAAAUGUUCUGUGAAACUCAGUUUAAUCCUCCAAAAGCCUUCCUUGGCAAGAGGAAAAGUCUCCAAAUCCUUGAAUUCUCAGACUAUACUUUCCGAGUUCCAAGCAGAGUCGCAAGCCAAUGCUAUGAUAAACUUGGGAACCUAAUCAAAGACAUUCCGGUCAACACAAGUCUAGCCUGGGAGUCACCAUUUUCGUUUUCGAAAAAGAACCAAUUUACUGUAAUUGGUUGUGAUGAUUUUGUCUUGCUUCAAGGUACGGCACUAACCAACUACGCCAGUAGUUGCAUAGCAUUGUGUUCAAAACCCGAGGAGGUUGUCAACGGGUCUUGCUCAGGUGUCGGGUGCUGUCAAACAUCUAUCCCAAAGGCCAUGAAAUACUACUCCACACUUGUUGGUAGUUUCGUCAAUAACCAUGUUGACGUUUGGUCUUUUAAUCCUUGUACAUACUCUUUUUUUGCGGAGAAAGACAAGUUUACAUUUAAUGGGGUGUCGGAUUUUAAGGAUCCCAAUUUUAAGAACAGAACGGAAGCUACAGUUACACAGUUGGUUGACUGGGUAGUUGGAAAUUUGAACUGCAGUGAGGCUAGAACUGCAGGGGUUUUGACUUGUCAAGCAAAUAGUCAAUGCAUUGAUUCUGAUACCGGAGUUCCAGGUUACCGCUGUGUUUGCAAUAAAGGUUAUCUGGGUCAGCCAUAUCUUGAGCCAGGUUGCCAUGAUAUUAAUGAAUGUGAGGAUCCUAACAAUCUUUGCGAGGGGGUUUGUACAAAUACUAAGGGAAGUUAUACAUGUCGUUGUGAAGAUGGAUACGUUGGAGAUGGCCUUAAAAAUGGUCGUGGUUGUACCAAGGAACAUCCCCAAUUUCCUGUUACCAAAUUCUCUGUAGGUAUGGGAUUUGGCUACUUGUCCAUUUUAGUUGGAAUAACAUGGCUCUAUUUUUUCUUCAAGAAGCGAAACCUUAUUAAACUUCGACAGAAAUUGUUUCAACAAAACGGCGGUUUAUUACUUAAACAAAGAAUUACUACCAAUGAGGGCAACAUGGAUUCAACCAAGGUCUUCACUGCACAAGAGUUGGAAAAGGCCACCAACAAUUAUUCUGAAGACCGAAUCUUGGGUAGUGGUGGUUACGGGACAGUAUACAAAGGCAUAUUAAACGACCUAAGUGUCGUGGCAAUCAAGAAAUCGCGAGUAAUGGAUGAAUCACAAAUUGAACCAUUUAUAAAUGAAGUAAUUAUCUUAACACAAGUUAACCAUCGCAACGUGGUUAAGCUUUUAGGAUGUUGUUUAGAAACUGAGGUUCCGUUAUUGGUAUACGAGUAUGUAUCCAAUGGAACUCUCUUUGAUCAUAUCCAUGGUAACGGCACCAUGACUUGGUUAUCGUGGGAAAAUCGUUUAAGAGUAGCAGCGGAAUCCGCUGGUGCACUUUCGUAUCUUCAUUCUGCCACAUCGACCCCUGUUAUUCAUAGAGAUGUUAAAUCGGCAAACAUAUUAUUAGAUCAUAACUACACCACAAAGAUCGCGGACUUUGGGGCAUCAAGGCUAGUCCCCAUUGAUCAAACACAAGUGACUACACUUGUUCAAGGGACGCUAGGGUAUUUAGAUCCUGAAUAUUUCCAAACAAGUCAGUUAACGGAAAAGAGUGAUGUUUAUAGCUUUGGAGUUGUGCUUGCUGAGCUUCUAACGGGAAAGAAAUCAUUAUGUUUGGAACGAACCGAAGAAGAACGGAAUUUAGCAUCUUUAUUCGUCACGUCGCUAAAAGAAAACCGUUUAUUUCAAAUUCUUGAACCUAGAAUCGUAAGGGAGGGUACCCUAGAGCAACUUCAAGAAAUUGGUGAGCUUACGAAAAGAUGUCUUAAUCUUAGAGGUGAUGAGCGUCCGACUAUGAAAGAAGUGGCAACUCAACUUGAAGGGUUGCGAAGGCUUAAUCAACAUCCGUGGGCGAAUAAGCAUGGGGAUGAAGAAAACACCAACUUAUUAAACAUCAAACACGAACAAACAGACCUUUAUGCAGAAUCGAUUAACCCGUAUGCUAGUUCCAAAGAAAUCUCUUCGGGUUAA